AUUUCAGCUCUUCUUCACGGAUCACAAGGGCCAUUUGAAGGAAAGGCUGCUUCACUCGUACUUUAAAUCUUAUUGCUAACUUUUGGAAGACAGUUUUCAGUGGAUAACAUAAGAUUCUGGAUUACUUGUUUGGGGCAUAUUUAUGAAGUGAAGUUUAACUAUUUAAACAUUUCUAACCUGUUCAUUGAUUUAUCAGUAGUGAAUUUUGAAGUUUAUUAGCUUGAGAGAGGACAUCAUGGUUUCUCAAAUACACAUGCCUCUUAUUUCAUAUUCUCCUGAGAUUAUAAAUGGAGAGCCUAUUUUCUUCUCCUCGAACUGUCUUCCUGUAAAGGCCACUAAUUUUGAACCAGCUGGCCUCUCGUUUCAUUAUGCUGCUCUCAAAAUGGUUGGUUUGGGCGAGGAAGAAGAUGUCGAUUCUGAUGACCAAAGUGUAACUGACGAUAGGUCCAAAGAUUAUAUGCCAUCUUCUGAUUCUUACAAAAGCAAAGGGAAGAAAAAAGCAGGGGACCAACAAGAUCAUUAUGCACUUUUAGGGUUAGGUCAUUUGAGAUUCUUAGCCACCGAGGAGCAAAUUCGAAGGAGCUACCGUGAGACUGCCUUAAAGCAUCACCCGGACAAGCAGGCGGCCCUUCUACUGGCUGAAGAGUCAGAAGAAGCAAAGCAAGCCAAGAUGGAUGAGAUAGAAAAUCACUUUAAGGCCAUCCAGGAGGCUUAUGAAGUAUUAAUAGAUCCUGUCAAGAGGCGUAUAUAUGAUUCCACUGAUGAAUUUGAUGACGAGAUUCCAUCUGAGUGUGCCCCGCAAGACUUCUUUAAAGUAUUCGGUCCUGUUUUUAUGCGAAAUGGGAGAUGGUCUGUUACCCAAUCUGUCCCAUCUUUGGGAGAUGAUAACACCCCACUGGGAGAAGUGGAUAGCUUUUAUGACUUUUGGUUUGGGUUCAAAAGUUGGAGAGAGUUUCCCCAUGCCGAUGAAUUCGACUUGGACCAAGCCGAGUCUCGUGAUCAUAAGAGAUGGAUGGAGAGACAAAAUGCAAAGCUUGGGGAGAGGGCAAGGAAAGAAGAGCAUACGAGGAUACGUACUUUUGUUGAGAAUGCAUAUAAAAAGGACCCAAGAAUACUGAGGAGGAGAGAGGAAGAGAAAGCAGAGAAGCAAAAGAAAAAGGAGGCCAAGUUUCUGGCUAGAAAGAUGAAAGAGGAAGAGGCUGUGAGGGCUGCUGAAGAAGCGAGAAAAAGGAAAGAGGAAGAAGAGAAACAGGCAGCUGAAGCUGCAUUGAAUCAAAAGAAGCAGAAAGAGAAGGAGAAGAAGCUUUUGAGGAAAGAGAGGACUCGGUUGAGAACUCUAUCUGCAGAGGUUGUAUCGAAAAAUCUCCUCGGGUUGUCAGCGAGCGAUGUGGAGGGUAUGUGCAUGAAGUUUGAGACUGAACAGCUUAGGGGUUUAUGUGAUAAUAUUGAACAAAAGGAAGUGAGUGAGAAAGCACAACUGUUGAAGGAUGCUUUACAAGGGAAGAGUGCUGAUGAGUCUAAGGUAGAUCAGAAGAACUCUCUUCAAAAUGGCUCUUCUUCUGAUUCGAUUGAUAAUAAGGGAAAUAUCUUAAGUGGGUAUGAGAAGAGAGAGAAACCAUGGAGCAAGGAAGAGAUUGAGCUGCUAAGGAAGGGAAUGCAGAAAUACCCAAAGGGAACUUCACGGAGAUGGGAGGUUAUUUCAGAGUAUAUUGGCACAGGAAGAUCAGUCGAUGAGAUUCUUAAAGCCACCAAGACUGUUCUUCUGCAGAAGCCUGACUCUGCUAAAGCUUUUGAUUCUUUCCUAGAGAAAAGGAAGCCGGUUCAGUCUAUUGUUUCACCUCUUAGCAGUCGAGAUGAGACCAAAGAUGCAUCUGUCAAUGGGGUUGAGAACAAUGGACCAGUUGGGGUGCCACAAAAAACUGAAUCAGAGAAAUCCUUAACCAGUGGGAGCAACCAGAAGAAACCAGAAACUGAAAACCCAUCUGGCCCAGCUGCGCAAUCUGUAUCAAAUGGAGCUCCAUCUGGUAGUGAUCAGGAUUCGUGGACUCCUACCCAGGAGAGAGCGCUUAUUCGGGCUUUGAAAACAUUUCCGAAGGAAACAAGCCAGAGAUGGGAGAGAGUUACAGCUGCUGUUCCUGGAAAGACCAAGAUUCAGUGCAUGAAGAAAUUUGCAAUCCUGAAAGAGAGUUUCAGGAACAAGAAGAGUGCCGAGUAGCUGAUGUGGGUAGUUUCCAACCAAUCAAUGGAAUUUUGAAUGAAAAUGUUAUCAUUGAAUACCGUGAAGCCCAUGCAAGCUUGAGCAGCUGGUUGUUUUUCACGGGGCAACAUUUCUUGGGCACAUAUUUCUUUAGUGAGGUGCUUUAUGAUGCUAUACUAUUUCAAGGUUCCUUGACGAGGCAUUUUUGGUGGAGAGUUUUGUAUGAUCAUUUUGAUUAAUUGGCAUGCAUACCAGGGCUGAAGCAUCAAAUAUGAUCAUCUCUCUCUCUCUCUCUAUAAAUAUAUAUCUUUCAUUAUAGGCAAUUAUUGUUAUAAAACAAUGUAGUCAUAUCCUCAGUAAUUUGUGGUCAGGAAACUCAUUGGUUGACUGGCUUUUCACUGUUUCAUUCGCUGAAAAUCACAUGGCUGCAUUUACAUGUUUUUGUUGCAUUUUCUAUUAUUACUUACUGGAUAUGUGCCUUAUGUGAAACAGUGACACCAUUUUGACUUGGUCUGUUUUGUACUCUUGAUUAAUGAAGGGCUUGUAGAGGAUAAUUACCCAAAAAAAAGUGCUUGUAGAGGAUAAUACUUUUAUACUUUUAUG